AUGUUUAUCUUUGAGGUGACCCAUCACGAAUUAUAUCGAUCAGCACCCUUUCAACGUUUAGGCGGCCUUCUGGCGUCUGACAAACCCGACGACUUAGCCGGAAAAUGUACUACUUGGCCUGUGGGUGCGAAGGGUCAAUACACGCCGAUUCCGCAGAAUAGCACAGCAGGACUGAAGAGCCAUGGCCCCAAAGAUGGGUGGAAGAAGCCUGAGGGCAUUAAAAUCAUCGCGCUGGUCUUCUACGGCCGCAAGAGAACGGUCGACUUCUUAGAUUGUUACCUACAACAAAAUCUCGCCGUAAACGGGGGAUACCUUGACGAAAUCCGGUUCAUGGUACAUACGAACAACGAAGACGAUCUCGAAUAUUUAAACGGCCUUGUUUCGCAAAGGAAAGAACACUACCACAUCGUUGAAGCUGGUACUUGCGAAGGAUCAAGUUAUGGAUGUAUAUGGGACUCAGUCGUGGAGAACGAUACUAUCUACGUGAAGAUCGACGAUGAUAUUAUUUUCAUCCACCCGGAUGCUAUUCCUCAGUUGGUUCAUACCCGGAUCGCAAUCCCUCACCCCUUUGCCAUUUCUGCGAAUUUAGUCAACAGCCCUCUUACGGGCUAUGAGCACUUCCAUGUUGGUGCCAUCCACGCCUUCCGACCUGACCCGAGUGAGAAGCCGUCAUUUGCUGCCGCCGAGUCAUGGCGACCAUCCGAAAAGAGCCGCUUCCCAGCUUCAAGCCUGCCAGAGCUGAAGAUCAGCAAUCUCAAGAGCAUAGCGAUGGAUGAUGAGAUCUACCCUAAGCCCCCAUAUAACGGUCACCCAUUCCUGUUACUACCGGACGCCCCCUUUGAUCUAAUGAAAACUCCGAUGGGACUCAAUUAUCUACGUGGAGGCGAUAAGGGUGUCGAGUCCAUGUACGAAGCGGCGUGGAAAUCCUGGGCUAUUGCGAGCCAGCAGCAAUACUCGUUGUUGAAGAACUUGGAAGAUAAUGCCAUCUCACGUUACUUCUUCGGAUCGCCGAUGGAGUUCCCUAACAUCACGAAUUCAUCCUCACCGGUACUGAAAUACCAGGCCCAAAAUAAGGGAGGUCCUGGAGCAGAACAGCUGUACAAUACCCAAUACAAACGCUAUAACCUCAACUUCGUCGCCUUAUGGGGCCACGACAUCAAGAAGUCUCUCCCGAUCGCCGGAGACGACGAGCAAGACAUCACGGUCACGAUCCCGAAGCGAACGCGCCGACCUUUUAUCAUCGAUACGCGCGCCGUAGUCGGGCACCUUAGCUUCUACCCGCAGCACGACGGAGUGAAAACUACCGAUCUGCUAGAUCGCUGGCGUAGUUUCGCCAACGAGAUGAUAUGCACGCCGCAUAAUCAAAAGAAGCCGUUCGAUAUUCGAUGUCCGGGGUUUGAGGACCAUAAAUAG